GGUGUCUUCUAUCUCGCGGUCGGUAACUGCCCCUCUUUUCGCUGAAAUGAUUUCUACGGUGUCUCGUUCAGUUUUAACGACACUCACUAGUCGCUGUCUAAAUACGUUGUCCAGUCUUCCCCGUAUUCGAUCACGUGAUGCAGUAGAUGGUAGCGUGAUGGUUGACAGUACACAGCGAAUUGACAGCACAAUUGGCCGUGGCAGGCUACUGGAUGGAAAAGCUAUUGCAAGAGGAAUAAGAGAGAGCCUACGUGGAGAAAUAGAGAAAGUUAAGCAGGAGCAUGCAGCCUUUCAACCUUGUCUUGCAAUUGUUCAAGUGGGUGACUUGCAGGAUGCCAAUGUUUACAUUAGAAGCAAUAUACGGGCAGCAGAGCAGGUGGGUUUAAUUACUCGGCAUUUGAAAAUGAGUGGAAACUGCAGCCAGGCAGACAUCAUCAGUACAAUUCAUGUUCUAAACUCUGAUCCUUCAGUGAAUGGAAUUAUCUUGCAGCUGCCAUUUGGCACUUCACAAGAAGUUGACACAGAUGUGUGCACUAAUACUCUACUUCCUUCUAAGGAUGUAGAUGGGCUUCAUAAUGAAAAUGCUGGUAGAUUGGCUCGGGGAGAUAUUCGUGGUUGUUUUAUUCCCUGCACACCUCUUGGCUGUUUAGAGCUCAUCAGACAUUCAGGUAUUAAUAUAUCUGGAAGUCGAAGUGUGGUGGUAGGUCGAAGUAAGAAUGUUGGUGCACCAAUGAGUAACUUGCUGACAGCGCAUAACUCUACUGUUACCCUUUGUCACUCAAAGACUCACAAUCUGUCAGAUGUGGUUCAUGAAGCUGAUAUUGUGGUUGUUGCUGCCAGACGACCUCUCCUGGUGAAGGGUGACUGGAUAAAACCAGGAGCCGUUGUUGUUGAUUGUGGGAUCAAUUCAGUAGAAGAUACAUCAAAGAAGCAAGGAUAUCGCCUAGUAGGAGAUGUUGACUUUCUCAGUGCAAAAGAGUCUGCAGGAUGGAUUUCUCCAGUUCCAGGGGGUGUGGGUCCAAUGACGGUGGCAAUGUUGUUACGAAACACAUUUGAGUGUGCCAGGAGAGAUCUUCAAAACAGUCUGGACACUAAAUGGAAUAUUCGAUAUUUGCCCCUGGAAUACAAACAACCUGUACCUAGCGAUCUUGACAUUGCAUCUCGUCAAACUCCAAAAGACAUUGCUGAACUUGCAAAUGAGUUGAAGCUUCUGUCAUCUGAAGUUGACUUUUAUGGCAAGAAGAAAGCAAAAGUGUCGACUUAUGUUCUCACUCGUUUGCAAGAUAAACCAAAUGGAAAGUACAUUGUUGUGUCAGGUAUAACUCCUACUCCUCUUGGUGAAGGAAAGAGUACAACAACAAUUGGACUAUGUCAAGCGUUGGGUACCAGACUAAACAGAAAUGUAUUUGCUUGUGUAAGGCAACCAUCACAAGGACCAACGUUUGGAAUAAAAGGCGGAGCUGCUGGUGGAGGGUAUUCUCAAGUUAUUCCUAUGGAUGAGUUUAAUCUUCAUUUGACUGGUGAUAUCCAUGCAAUUACAGCAGCUAACAACCUAUUGGCUGCUGCAAUUGAUGCAAGAAUGUUUCACGAGUCAACGCAAUCAGACAAGGCUCUUUAUGGACGUCUCGUUCCAACUAUUAGAGGAAAGAGACAGUUUUCUGACAUUCAACUGAGACGACUAGAGAAACUUGGCAUCAACAAAAUUGAUCCAAAUGAUUUGACAGAAGACGAAAUUGCCAGCUUUUCUAGACUCAACAUUGACCCACAGUCUAUUACUUGGCAGAGAGUGGUAGAUACAAAUGAUAGAUUUUUGAGAAAGAUUACAAUUGGGGAAGGACCUGCUGAGAAAGGGAAGACAAGGAAGACUCAAUUUGAUAUCGCAGUUGCUAGUGAAAUUAUGGCCAUUUUAGCUCUUACAACUGGCUUAGAAGAUAUGAAAAAAAGGUUGAGUUGUAUGGUUAUUGGAAGUAGCCACAGUGGAGAUCCAGUGACUGCUGAUGAUAUUGGAGUCUCGGGAGCUCUAGCUGUUUUAAUGAAAGAUGCUAUUCGACCCAAUCUCAUGCAAACACUAGAGGGAACUCCUGUUUUUGUGCAUGCCGGUCCUUUUGCUAACAUUGCCCAUGGUAAUUCUUCUAUCUUGGCUGACAAGAUUGCUUUAAAACUUGUUGGAAAGAGUGGAUUUGUCGUGACAGAAGCUGGCUUUGGAGCUGAUAUUGGAAUGGAGAAGUUCUGUAAUAUUAAGUGUCGAAACAGUGGUCUUGUUCCAGACUGCUCGGUGUUGGUUGCUACUGUGAGAGCUCUUAAGAUGCAUGGCGGUGGACCAAAAGUAACUGCUGGUCAACCAUUAGCAUCUGAAUAUACAGAGGAAAAUAUUGAGCUGGUAGAAAAGGGCUGUGUCAAUCUCACUAAACACAUAGAGAAUGCUAGAGAGUAUGGAUUACCAGUGGUGGUGGCUAUCAACAAAUUUCAUACUGAUUCAGAUCGUGAAUUAGAUAUAGUUCGACAUUUGGCUCGUGAAGCUGGGGCUUUUGAUGCUGUUAUUUGUAACCAUUGGGCAAGGGGUGGAGAGGGAGCAGAAAAAUUGGCACUAGCUGUGGAUGCUGCUUGCCAGGAGACAAAAGAUUUCAAGUUUCUUUAUGAGCUCAAGUUGUCUAUAGAAGAGAAGAUUGAACUGAUUUGUCGUAAAGUCUAUGGAGCAGUCGGCAUUGAAAUCUUGCCAGAGGCUCGACAGAAAAUAGAACUUUACACAAAGCAGGGAUUUGGUGCUCUUCCUAUUUGUAUGGCCAAGACUCACUUGUCCUUGUCACAUAAUCCUGAACUAAAAGGUCGACCCAUCGGAUUCAUUGUCCCUAUCAGAGACAUUAGAGCAAGUGUUGGUGCUGGAUUUCUAUAUCCACUGUUAGGAGAGAUGAGUACAAUGCCUGGUCUACCAACUCGUCCAUGCUUCUUUGACAUUGACAUUGACUCAGAGACAGAGGAGAUCAAGGGGUUGUUUUGAUGAUGAUAGUUGUAACUUUGUGUAGUAGACUCUGAGUCUUAUAUGUUCACAUGUAAGGGGAAAGAUAUUAUACAGUGAGACAUAAACUGCAACAGCAAAGGUUGCUAUCUUUGCUGUAGUAUGUAACUGGUACGUGUUUGAACCAAUUAUCUUUUUUAGUACACAUAUACAGUUGACUCCAGAGUGAUUU